AUGGUCCCCGGCGGCCGCCACAUCGGCCGGGACUCCCUCGUGGCUGUUCUUGGCUACCUGUACACUGGGCGCCUCAAGGUGCCGCCUGAUCAGAAGUGUGUGGAUGACACGUGCAGACACGAGGCGUGCCGGCCGGCCAUAGACUUCGUCGUCGAGUCCACGUACGCCGCCUCUGGCUUCGAGAUCCCGGCGCUCGUCUCGCUCCUCCAGCGACGACUGUCUGGCAUCGUUGACAUAGCUUUCUAUGAGGAUAUAAUGCCGAUUAUUCGUGUUGCUUCCAAAUGUCAGCUUUCACACUUGCUCAAUCAGUGUAUUCGAACGGUUGCGUUCUCGACUCUGGAUGACAAUUUCCUUGAGAAGGAGCUUGCAGGUGAUAUUUACAACGACAUCAAGAAAUUUCGCCGAUGCUUGACUAUAGAUGAAUUAGAUGCUUCCAUUGUGGAUGCUGAGCAUGAGAAGAGGGUUACAGACAUUCACAAGGCCCUGGAUUCUGGUAAUGUUGACCUUGUUUCCAUGCUCUUAAAACAGUAUGGAGUCACCUUGGAUGAGGCAUUAGCCAUACACUAUGCUGCAACCUACUGUGAGCCCAAAGUGUUGCAAGAAUUGCUAAAACUGGACCACGCCUAUGUGAAUAUGAAGAAUAGUGGUGGAUAUACACCACUACAUAUGGCUUGCAUGAGGCUAGAACCAGACAUCAUCGUUUCACUCUUGGAGAAGGGAGCCUCUGUAGUGGAAUGGACACAAGAUGGACGUGAUGCUCUUACUAUCUGCAAGAGAUUAACAAGACAUCAGAAAGAUGUUAACAGAGAGUUGAAGAAGGGUAAGGAAAUAAGCAAGCCUUAUUUGUGUAUCAACAUAUUGGAGGAAACCAAGAGGACCUUCACCUUGGACCAGGUCUCUUUAGAGGAGGCAAUUGUCAGGGUCACACCUUUGCGUCCUGAUAAUUUUCUCAUGAGGCUUCUAGAUUUGGAAUGUAGAGUUACAUUUGCAAAACUAUUCUUCCCUUCAGUAGCCCAGCUUUUCAUGCGCAUAGCAGGAGCUGAGUUUGCUGGGUCUAAACUGAAGGAUGUUGGUUUAAAUGAGUCCUUGGACUGGAGGUUUCGCGAACGUUUUGAUGCCUUAACAAGGAUAGUGGAGCUAGGGAGACGGUACUUCCCAAGUUGUUCUGACGUUCUUGAUAAGUUCCUCACCGAAGAAUCAGCUCUGGCCUUGCUGGGGAAUAGCACGCCAGAGGAGGACCAGGUGAGGAUGCACUUCUAUGAACUCAGAAACGAGGUACGGAAGGCCUUCGACAAAGAUACCGCCAGUGAAGUCAUAAAUCCAACGGUGCUUGCUACAGUACUCCAAUUACUUUAUAAGAGGGGAAUGUUGAAUUUGGGUACUAACCCGUCACAGGCUGAAGGUGCAGCUGAUUCUUCUAAUGCACAUGCACCGCCCUCUGGCCUCUCUAUCCAAGCUUCCAGUGCCAGUACAGCCGCAAGGCAACUAGAAUCACAAAGUAUUGAUGUUGCAGUAGAUGAUGUUGGUGUUGGGUCUAAAAGAAAACUGAAGUCUCCAGUAUGGGAUGAAUUUAAAAGAGUUAAAACAGGGGAUGAUUGUUUCUUCAAGGAAUGCCCGCACCCGGACGACAAGCAGCGCAAGGAGCUGGAGCCGGGAGCUGGGGCUGGAGCCCCUCCAGGUCAAGUUCUGGUUCCAGAACAAGCGCACGCAAACGAAGGUGAUGAUCUUGACUAA